AUGGGCUGGGCAUCGUAUGUAGGGUAUUACAUCGUGACUGGACUGGUCACUAUCUACGCUGACCAUAUAGACGACCGAUGGGAACAAUGGUGGGGGUACGACUCUACGUCAGGUCCCACAAGAUGGGGCGUUACCGGUCCCUACCGGAUGUGCUCCUGGGGCAAACAACAGUCUCCAAUAGAUAUACACCCGGAUAUACUCCUGUUCGACCCGAAUCUCAAGCAUGUCAAGGUGGAGGGCUCUCAUGUGAAUGGAAAACUGCUGAACACCGGAAAUGACAUCACGUUUUUACUUGACAGUUCUUUCCCAACUCACGUGAAUGUCAGUGAAGGGCCAUUGUCAUACGUGUAUCACGUGACAGCCAUCAAAUUCCAUUUCAGCAAAGUAGACUUUAACGGAUCAGAGCACAGAAUAGCUGGUCGGGCAUUUCCGGCGGAAAUGCAAAUAAUAGGAUACAAUGGAGAUUUAUAUGAAAAUAUGUCUCGUGCAGAAAAUUCAUCGAACGGAGUUGUCAUCAUUUCGACAUUUUUAGAGAUACAGCCUGAAGGAUUGGAGCCUAAUCGAGCCUUAAAAAUAUUUACAAGCAACCUAGAAGCUAUAAGUGAACGAAAUUCCAAUGUCCAGAUUAACGCUUUUUCUAUAGCGGAGCUUCUUCCACAUACAGACCACUACAUCACGUACGAUGGAUCUAUGACCCAGCCCAGCUGUCAGGAAACUGUCACCUGGAUCAUCUUUAAUAAACCAACAUAUAUAUCAUCGUCACAGUUGAGGGAAUUAAGAAACGUACGGAUGGAUUGGCCCUGGAAAAACGUGAGGCCGGCGAUGCCUCUCAAUCAUCGAGUAGUUCGUACCAAUAUUAACUCACGGAAACAAUCCAGAUUAUGUAGCAUGAAAAGAGAUAUAUUUUACGACAUAAACUCAAAUUUUAGAACUUGAAGCAGUACUUAAGUCUACAGGAAUAUUCCUCUACAACCAAAGAUACACUAUGCAAAAGUGUUACAACUGCUUCCGGCGGAAGUCGUUAACUGAGAUAGGAUUAUAGUACCGUAUAGAAUGUCGCGAUAUAAAGUGUGAAAGUCCGUAAGUCCUCUCUAUCACCUUGGGAUUAUCGCGAAAUGAUUCCGUCAGAUUCAAUUAUGGAGAGUAUAGCUGCUAACGUUCGCAUAGUGCAUAUCAUAUAAACAUUCGUUCUUCAGGAAACAAACCAAAACCGUGCAUCUGUGUCUGGCUUUCUGUGUGCAUACCGUGUGUUACAGGACGGUUUUAUUAAAUAGAGACAUAAAGAGAUUUUC